AUGGGUGCUCGCUCCGGGCGUGGUACGUGUUACCUGGAUCGAUCGCUCUUUACUCAGGGCUCCACUACUUCCCUGUCAACAAUAGAAACAACGGCCCAGCCCUCCUCAUAUCUGAGUCUGAUCCCGCCGGUACACCAGCCGCCCGUGACGCCGUACUCCCCUGACGGCGGCCACUUUUAUACCCCCGCUCCCCCCAUCUUCCCCGGUCUAGACGUCAGGCCUCGACUAGGCUCCAACAGUAGCACGGCCGGCCAGGGCAUGGCACACGCCCAUCGGUCAACCACAUUGCCGCAUCCAGGAACAAACCUAAGCACGCGUGAGGCCUACGCACCCGCGACGCCGGCGUUCAGGAGGCCGGACCAUCACCACAUCCAGCGGUCGCCACCCUUCUCCAACAUACGACGCCACAACCCCCUUUCGCCAACCAGCACGCCGGCCGCGUACGGAUCUCUCAAGAUGGACGCGGGCUACCCGGGGUCCAAGACCCAGCCGAGCAUCCCUCCCCUGGGCUCCCUGACCUCGCUAGGCCAUCUCUCGUAUGGCGACUCCUCGGCGACGCAGAUCAAGGUAGACAUCAACGGCGUUAUCGACAAGGGCUUCUUUGUUGCCGAGAAUGAGUGGACUUGCUACCGCCGCAACUACUUCUCCUGCGUCUGCUCCUUUUCCCUGACGCCCAUGAUACACAACUCGCCCAUCCACUUCCUCCCGACGGGAUCCACGCAGGUGUACAACGUGUACGGGUUCGCCAUGUGCAUCUCGGCGGCCGUGUCAGACAACGACAACCACACGAUUGAGCUGGUUCAGCACACACCCAAGCGGGAUAAGGGCCCGAUCGCCAAGCCCGAGAGGGUGCGGCUGUCCCAGAAGCCACCGCAGGCCAGCCAUCACCCUUUGACGAGUCUCUACGCGGGCCCGGACGGCAGCCUCGGGUCGUCGAGAUACGACCAGGGCUUCGGGCAGCCGCAGCAGAGUUCGGCACCCACGGAGCACACGUUCGAGCGCAUCCAGUUCAAGCAGGCGACGGCCAACAACGGGAAGAGAAGGGCGGCUCAGCAGUACUACCACCUCAUCGUCGAGCUGUGGGCCGACGUCGGCCAGCAGCAAGGGGGCUCAGAUCCGUGGGUCAAGGUUGCGUACCGGAAAUCGGCCAAGAUGAUCGUUCGCGGGCGCUCCCCGGGCCACUACCAGUCGGAGCGGCGGGAAAGCUCGAGCAGCGGGCCCGGCGGCUCCGGCGGCAGCAACAUCGGCAGCACUGGAUACUCUUCGGGCAUGCUUGGGCCCGGCGAGUACGCAGCGGGCCCGUCCAUGAUGGGAGGUGGUGGAUACGGGCAACACUACGACACGCGCUCCGGCGGCUACGGUGGGACGCGGCACCACCACGAGCUGACGAUGGAGCCGAUGAUCUCGGCCGAGGAAGUUAAGGCCAUCACGGACACGAAAGGCUACCAGUACUACCCGGCCACCAUCUACGAGGGAGAACACGACCCGAGACAGCACCACCACACGCAAGUCGAGAUGUUUUCGCACGCACGCCACGACGUGUCGGAGAGCGGCGCGACACACUCCAUGAGCGCCGCGUUUGAUCCGACCAAGGUCAAGUCCGAGAUGGAGAACGGACUCCCGAGCCUGCUCUACCACGGAGGGCCGUACUACCAACGGUGUGGGCGGUUCGAAGGAAAGGCGACCUCCAACGGCCAGUAUCCGACCACCCUGAUCCCGCCACCGUCCUCGACCAUGAGCAUGACCUAG